CUCAACUAACAUGGCGUCUGCGAAACUAGCUGGGCCGCCCUCUUUCCGACAUUUACAAUGCAGAGAUCUUCACCAGUAUUUGGGAAGUUUACCGUCUGGUACAUUGGACAGAUUAUACAAUCACCCAGCGAUUUGCCUAGCAGUUUUCAGGGAAUUACCAGAACUUGCAAAACAAUUUGUGAUGAGGACUUUAUUUGCUGAUCAGCCUGUACCAGAAACCUUGGUAGCUGCAUGGGUCAAAACAGACUACCAGAAACAUUACAUAGGAUCUAUAAACAGACUGAAAAGCCUCAGGAUUUGGAAAGAAUCAAGUGGUGGAGUACCAAAUAGGCUUGAAAUGAAUGCAACAUUCCGCAGCAAUCUCAAGAUUGCUCUCUGCGGCGGAGGAAACCCAUGGAUAGGAUCCGGUGAACAAAAUGAAAGAGACAAGCAUGCACGUGACAUUCCAUUUCUUGAUAACUACAGUAUGGAAAGAUGGGAGUCUGUUCUUCAUUUUAUGACUGGUUAUACUUCAAGUGAAGAAGGUGCUGCAGUUAGUCAGGAUGUUGUCCGUGUAUUGGGUUAGUCAGGACUCAUGAAAUGUGAGACAGCCGGCACAUCACAAGUUAUAAGUCCUGCUGGAUUUCAGUUUUUACUUAUGGACACAGCUUCACAAGUGUGGUACUUUAUGAUUCAAUACCUGGAGACUGUUGAGGGAAUAGGCAUGGAUCUUGUGGAGUGCCUGUCUUUUUUAUUUCAAAUUAGCUUUGCAAGCCUUGGCAAGGACUACUCAACAGAGGGAAUGAGUGAGUCUCAACUGAAAUUUCUUCAACAUCUGAGAGAGUUUGGUCUUGUCUUUCAACGAAAGCGAAAGUCACGAAGAUACUACCCCACCAGAUUAGCCAUUAAUUUGGCUUCAGCAGGAAUAGGGAGUUCAACUGUCAUUAACACAGAUCAGAAGGGCUUUAUUGUCGUUGAAACAAACUACCGUCUUUAUGCAUACACAAAUUCAUCUCUGCAAGUAGCUCUUGUAGGAUUAUUUGCUGAGAUUCUCUGCAGAAUCCCAUCAUACCACCAACAAUAAGUGAUCAAAUUCGACUCUGGGAACUGGAAAGGAGCAGAAUGAAGUUCACUGAAGGUGUGUUAUACAACCAGUUCCUCUCACAAGCAGAUUUUGAAACCCUAAAAAAGUAUGCUGAGGAUCUCGGUGUACUUAUGUGGGCCAACUCGUCAAAGAGAGUUAUUGUAGUUAGCCGCUCGGGUCAUGAUGACGUUAAAAGGUUUUGGAAACGACAGAAAAACACGUGACAGCUCUUGAUGAUGCACAAGCUUACUAAGCAAGCCGUAUUACUUCCUCGUGGUAGGCACGUGACUUGUGAUGGAAAAAACCUAUCAACGCAUGCGUCAGGGAACUACAGAAUCAAUGUGAAAAUUUCUGUAAGUACUGGCUGGAUUUGUAGGGCACGUGAUUUCCACCCGAAGGGCACGUGAACUUCACUUGACGAUUACAGUCUAGCGUAUGCCUUUGUGCAGAUACUUGAAGUGAAAUCGAAUAAAUUUAACAAAAGGCAAAACAGAUUACGAAGCUGGAACCGAAAAAAAACCCUUCCAAAAAGAAGGGAGGUAUUUAUUUGAUAUUGCUUUUAUUGGCGUAGUUCAAUAAAUGUUAUACGUACUUGUG